GAUGGGAAGCCAGCUCAACUAACAUGGGUCACCUUCUUCCUGCACACGACCCACGACAACAUCGAUCAUCACGCCAACCACGAGAGACCGAACGAGAAAGAGCCGAGAGACAUGCGCUCAGAGCGUCUCAACAAGCCCUUAACGGAUCAGCCACCGCUCAACACAAUACUUCCAAUCUAGGCAGGAGAGGAUCGAAACAAGAAAGAAACUCGACUCAUCUGAGUACCAACAUGCCGGGGGGAUUACCUACCCAACCAUCUUCUACGGUAGCUAUUGCUCCUCCUACUACGAUGGAAAACCAUCGAAAUUCUGCUCUACAUCCUUAUGCCAGUCCGUCUAAUAAUGGUCUAUCUAAUAACAAUUAUGGUUAUGGUACUCAGCAACAGCAGCAAUCUCAAUCCCAACCGACGGAAGAUUACCGACGUAGUCUACAACCACCUCUUCAAGCUCAGUCACCUCAUCAAGCUGCCGGUCAACAACCCUUGGUCAAUCACGAGGAUGCUCCUAAACCGAAGAAAAGCUUUGGGACUAAGCUGGCCAAUUUCCUGACCUGUCGUUGUGCUUGAUCGCUCACCUACGAUCAAUAUUUCAACUCGCGGCGUUUGGCGAAGGAACAUACAUGAAUGCGGUCUUUUGGAUUUUCUCUUCAUCUCUCUUUUUCCUCGGUCGAUUGCAAUUACGUGUGUGUGUGUGUAUUUGAUCUUUGAUGAUGUUGGGUUUCUCAUCAAAGAAAAAGAAACCAAGAAAUCACAAACCUUUUAUCUUCUAUCCUAAUCCUUUUAAUGACAGUCGCUUUAUGUUUGUUUUCGAUUUCAAUAUCAUUCAUACAUGAAGAAAUUAGACCAAGAGAGGUGAAAGAAAAGGAGGUUUUUGUAAUCUUGUUUUCUUUUUUUCCUUCUCCUAACCGCUUUCGCUUUCUUUCUCCUUUUUUCCUCUUACUAUGAUUACGAUUCUUAGAAUAACUCUCUUAUUAGAUAAUCAUCUUUUUCAUCAUUUUUUUUGCGUACAAUUUUUUUUUUAUUAUUGUCUGUCUUUGCCUCACUUAACUCUUUAUUUUUUUUGUCUCUCUCUCUCUAUCUCUAUCUGUGUGAUUGUUUCCGUGCGUGUGUGUAUGCGUUCUUCUUCUUGGAUUUCUUUACUUUCUCUCUACUCUUUCCUCACUCUUUUCUUUUUUGGUUUAUCUGAUCAUUAACUCAACACUCGUUUAAGAAGCUUUUUUUUCUAUAUUUUUCUCCCUUUAGUUGAAUAAAAUCUCAAACUCUUUUUAUUUUUGUCCUUUUUAUUCUUUUUUGAUCUCUUUUUUUUGAUUUAGUCUUUUAUCUUAUUAUUAUAUUGCUAGUUUCUUUUUGUUUUUUUGAUGUUGAGAUGUUACUUUUUUUUAUUAAUAUAUCAUUUUUUUAUAAAAAAACAUUUUGGGGAGAGAAAUUGAUUGAUACCAAAAGAGAAAAGUAUAGGAAAGUUUGAUCAAAGU